GCCAUGUCUGCUCCCGCUGCACUGUUCACCUCGAAUCUCGUCUACGGCCUGGCCGUCAUCCCCGUGGCCGUUCUGCUAGUCCACUUUGUGCCCUAUUUACUCGACCCACACGGUAUUCGAGCGUAUCCAGGUCCCUUCCUCGCCCGGUUGUCAGACAUAUGGCUGGGCUGGAUAGCCGCACAGGGGCAUCGGUCGGAGACGGUCCAUGAACUCCACAAGCAAUAUGGCACCUUUGUUCGCAUUGCACCAAACCAUGUCUCCAUCAGCGACCCAGAGGCCAUCCAGUACGUCUACGCGCACGGAAACGGCACAACCAAGUCCAACUUCUACGACGCGUUCGUCUCUAUCCGGCGCGGGCUCUUCAACACGCGGUCGCGCCCCGAGCACGCCCGCAAGCGCAAAAUCGUGUCGCACAUCUUCUCCAUGAAGAGCGUCAUGGAGUUCGAGCCGUACACCCGCAUGCACGUCGCCCAGCUCCUGAAGCAGUGGGACCGCCUGUACGAGCUUGGCAUAAAAGGCGCCUCGGGAGAGGAGGGCGAGGGGUGGAAGGGCCGCGACGGGCGUGUCUGGCUCGACUGUCUCCCGUGGUACAACUACCUUGCGUUCGACAUCAUCGGCGACUUGGCAUUCGGUGCACCGUUCGGCAUGCUCCACGCCUGCGCAGAUGCUGCGCCCGUCGCCACCGAGCACAAGGACGCCAUGGCGUCGUACGGCGCGGACAACGCCCCCAAGGUCACCUACUUCCCGGCUGUGCAGGUGCUCAACGACCGCGGCGAGUACUCCGCCUCCAUGGGUGUCCUGCCCCCGCACUGGCGCCCGCUCGUCGUGCGCUUCAUCCCGUGGUAUCGCAACGGGGGCAAGGCGGUGAAGCGUCUUGCUGGAAUCGCCAUCGCUGCAGUGUCCAAGCGGCUGACGGCGCCCACGGACCGGGCCGAUCUGCUGGGCAAGCUGCAGGAAGGCAAGGACGACGAGGGCAACCCGAUGGGCAGGGAGGAGCUGACCGCCGAGGCGCUCACGCAGCUCAUCGCGGGCUCCGACACGACGUCCAACUCGUCCUGCGCGCUCACGUACCACCUCGCCGCGAACCCGCGCGUGCAGCAGAAGCUGCAGCGCGAGCUCGACGAGGCGCUGGGCAGCGACGACGACCCGGUGGCGACGUACGAGCAGGUGAAGCGCCUGCCGUACCUUGAGGCGGUCGUCAACGAGGCGCUGCGCGUGCACUCGACGUCGGGCAUCGGCCUGCCGCGCGUCGUGCCGGAGGGCGGGCUGAGCGUGUGCGGCCGCUUCUUCCCCGCGGGCACCGUGCUGUCCGUGCCCACGUACACCGUGCACCGCGACGCGGAGACGUGGGGCGCGGACGUGGACGCGUUCCGCCCGGAGCGGUGGGAGGAGCGCGACAAGAACGCGGUCCAGAAGGCGUUCAACCCGUUCUCGUUCGGGCCGAGGAGCUGUGUGGGACGCAAUUUGGCGAGCAUGGAGCUCCUGAUCAUCAUCGCGUCUAUCCUGCGGCGGUACCACUUCGUUCUGGAGGAGCCCAAGCACAAGCUCGAAACGAAGGAAGGGUUCCUGCGCAAGCCUGUCGCGUGCAAGGUUGGCCUCAGGCGCCGGAGUGCGUGA